ACAAACCAGCCCAAGUUUUAAAGGGCAGAGUUGUGAGAGCUCCCAGGUUGUGGGAGUUACAUUGGCGUCUUGCGAGUCGGAAUUUAACCAUAGCCCACAGAAGCAAGAUUGCCUGGAGCACCGCAGUAACACAACAACAACAUCAACAACAACAACAGCAACAUCACUUUGUAUCUCCUUUAGAAAGCUACAACAGAGGCCGUAUAAGUGUGACGUUUGCUGGCACGGACUUUGAUUAUUACAACAAGGAUCUGCUGUGAAUUUCCGUGAUCUUGAUCCUAAUCCUGCUACAGGAAGUAUAUUUUGGCAGCAAGCACUGUUUUUCACCACACUGAUCACUGCUACCUUGGAGGUUUUUGCAACAAAGCAAAUCAGUGACGGAAAAGAAUCACCCCUGCCACUGAACCAGCUAUGCAGCUUGAAAUUCAAGUAGCACUCAACUUUAUUAUUUCCUAUUUAUACAACAAGCUCCCACGACGACGUGUCAAUAUCUUUGGCGAAGAGCUGGAGAGGCAGCUGAAGAAAAAAUAUGAAGGCCACUGGUAUCCAGAUAAGCCAUACAAAGGGUCAGGGUUCAGGUGUAUCCAUGUAGGGGAGAAGGUGGACCCUGUGGUGGAGCAGGCAGCCAAAGAGAGUGGGCUGGACAUUGAAGAUGUUCGAAAUAAUCUCCCUCAGGACCUUAGCGUGUGGAUCGACCCAUUUGAGGUUUCCUACCAGAUUGGAGAGAAGGGACCAGUCAAGGUGCUAUAUGUGGAUGAUAACAACGAGAACGGGUCAGAGCUGGACAAAGAGAUAAAGAACAGCUUUAAUCCUGAGGCCCAGGUCUUCAUGCCAAUCAGCGACCCUGUCGGGGCAUCCUCAGAGUCCAGCUCCCCGUCACCUCCUUUUGGGCAGUCUGCUGCCGUGAGUCCCUCCUUCAUGCCACGCUCCACCCAGCCCUUAACCUUCACCACUGCCACCUUCGCUGCCACAAAAUUCGGUUCCACUAAGAUGAAGAGCAGUGGCCGUGGUAACAGCGGCAGUAGUGGCAAGGUGGCCCGCACCUCCCCUACCAAUAACCUGGGUCUGAAUGUCAACAGCCUGCUGAAGCAGAAAGCCAUCUCCACCUCCAUGCACUCACUGUACGGACUGGGCCUGGGGCAGCAGCAGAAGGCCUCUGCUCUUUCCCCGAACGCCAAGGAGUUUGUGUUCCCCAGCCUCCAGGGCCAGGCCAGCCCUGGAGCUGUGUUUCCUGGAGAGGGCUCCUUAGGGCUUGGCCCUCUGCAGUACAACAAUGCCUUUGACAUGUUUGCGGCCUACGGAAGCCUCAACGACAAGUCCCUUAUGGAUGGUCUCAACUUCAGUCUGAGCAACAUGCAGUAUAGUAACCAGCAAUUCCAGCCAGUCAUGGCUAACUAAACUCAUCACCAAGAUGUUAUUUAUGAAUGAUGGUGGCUCAAGGAGAAGGAAAAACAAAACGCACACUUAAACUGGUCUUUCAAGGAUUGGUGUCUAGUCAGUCAAGCGCAUGUGCCCAAGGGUGCUUUUACUGUGCCCCCUUGAGUUUGUUUCUACUGAAAAGCUUGUUGUACAAACACAUCCAAGCUUGGUUACAUCAAUUCAACAUGCAUCAUUGUUUUUCUUUUCCCUUUUUGCCAACCAAGCACAGCUUUUUUUUUUUUUUUUUUUUAAUUUUAACUAUGUUGAGAAAAUACUCCAAAAAAAGCUUGAAGUUUUGGCCUCUUACAGUAUUUUACAGGUGGUAAGGCAAGGCUGAUUUUUAUGAAUUGGCACUACUAAGUGGGGUUACUUGGUCUUUUUCUAAUUGUAUAAUUUAAUUUAGUACAGAGUUUGUAAGAUAUCAGAGUAUAUAUUGUUUCUAUGACAUGGUGUUGCAUUUAUAUCUUUUUACUACUCCAGUGAUCUGUGAUGGCUGCAGCAGCUUUUCCUUUUUCCUUUUUUAAGAUAAUUAUUAAAGAAAUCCAUCUUUUAAAAAUGCAUCAAAUUCUAAAGAUUGUGUACAGAGUAUUCCUUAGUGGUGGAAUUCCAAGUGUAGGAUAUAUUUGCUUUUUCUGAAAGAAUUAUUUUCUGUUAAGAGGUUAAAGAUUUUGCUAUAUGGACAAUGUAAUCGUAUGAAUAUUAAUUUUGUACCUACAUUGUGCAAUACUUGAUAAAAAAAAAAGG